AUGUAUCUAUCUAUCUAUCUAUCUAUCUAUCUAUCUCCUCUGUUCAUUAUCUAUCUAUCUAUCUAUCUAUCUAUCUAUCUAUCUAUCUAUGUAUCUAUCAGAGUCUGUUCAUAUCUAUCUAUCUAUCUAUCUAUCUAUCUAUCUAUCUAUCUAUCUCACUCUGUUAAUUUUUCAUUAUCUAUCUAUCUAUCUAUCUAUCUAUCUAUCUAUCUCAUCAAUCUGUUCCUAUCUAUUCAUCUUUACUCAGUCGAUCCAUAUUUUUAUAAUUAUGCUCUUAUCUCGAUCUGUUCAUAUCUAUCUAUCUAUCUAUCUAUCUAUCUAUCUAUCUCUCUAUUUCAUUAUCUAUGUAUGUAUGUAUGUAUGUAUGUAUGUAUCUGUCUAUUUAUCUAUCUAUCUAUCUCAUUCUGUUCAUUAUCUAUCUAUCUAUCUAUCUAUCUAUCUAUCUUGGACAUAAAUCCAUCAUUAUUAGAAAGAUCUCCUCAGUAUCUAUCUAUCUAUCUAUCUAUCUAUCUAUCUAUCUAA